UAUUAUCUAGUUACAAGCCUCUCUGGGAUAUAAUUGAUGAAAGGUGGGAUAAGCAAAUGCACAGACCUUUGCAUGCUGCGGGUUACUAUCUCAAUCCAAUUCUGCAUUAUAGCUCUAGUUUUAAAGCUGACUAUGAAGUGAAACGAGGGUUAUAUGAUUGUAUGGAAAGGAUGAUUGGAGAUGUAGAAGAAAUAAGUAAGAUUGAUACUCAAUUGGAAGAUUUCAAGGGAAAGGCAAAAUUUUUUGGUAGUCCAAUAGCAUUGGCGGCGCUUAAAAAUAAAACUCCGGCACAAUGGUGGGAGUCAUAUGGUAAUGAGCAUCCCGAGCUUCAAAGAUUUGCGAUUCGUGUCCUUAGCUUGACUUGUAGCUCAUCGGGAUGCGAGAGAAAUUGGAGUGCCUUUGAGAUGGUUCAUACAAAGAGAAGGAAUCGUUUGAAACAAAAAACAAUGAAUGACGUUGUAUUUAUAAUGACGAAUUCAAAAUUAGCUAAGAAGAAGAAAACAAGGAAGGUGGUAGAUUAUAGCAUUGAUGAUAUUGCGUCGGAUGAAGAGUGGAUCAUUGUGGAUAAUGAUCAAGGCGCGUUGGAUGAUGAUAUUUUAGAUUUCACAAUUGAAGAAGGGGAUUUGGAAGUUGCCAACCAAAAUGAUGUAGAGAAUGAAAUUGCCAAUCAAGGUGAUUUGGAGGUAAACAACCUUGAAGAUGAAGAUGAUGGAGGAAAUGAAGAUGAAGAUCAUGGAGGACUUGAUCAGAAUUUCUUGAAUGAUUUGUUAAAUUAGUUUGUGUUUUGAAUUUUGGAUUUAAUUUAAAUGUUAUGUUUGUUUGGAAUUAUGAAUUAUGUUAAAUUAGUUUAUGUUAUCUUUUGA